GCUGUCAGUUGACUUGUGGUAAGAUGGCGGCGCUCAGAUCCGGGUGACUGCCGCUCUCCGGCGGAGACUGCCCGGCUACAGACAUACAUCGCCCCGGUCACCUCAUCCUCCCGGGGCCUCCAGUCCAGACUCCGCCGCAAAGCGACCCCCAGAAAUCGGGGAACAGCGGCGGGAAAAGGGGAGGAAGGCGCGGGCAGCACCACGUUACCAUGACAACGGCGGCCCCGAGCAGACGCUGAGGAAGAGACGAGGGCCACAGGAGAGAGGGCGCCACACGCGAUACAUUCCCUAUGAUGAAGAAAUCCUCCAGACGUCUGCCGCCCGCAGCCGCUAAUACCGCAAUGAGACCGCCGACUACCACGCCGCUUCCGCAAGGACUGUCUGCCCAUAACCUGGAGACGGCAGAAGAUGGCGACAUCUCCGAGUGUGACCGAAAAGAAGGUGCGGAGCCCGGGGUCCGGUACAUCACGGAGUCCCUCAUUCAGAAGGUGUCCCAGCAGCAGCACCUGAGCCUCGUGGUCGCUCUGAACCUUUCCCUCUCCAAGGACGGAGGCAAAAAGUUUAAGUUUAUAGAGAACCUGGAGAAAUGUGAGCGUCUGGAAGUGCUGAACCUGAGCCGUAAUCUCAUCGAGAGGAUCGAGAAGCUGGAGCGGCAGACGAGACUGCGGGAGCUCAACCUGGCCCACAACAGGAUCAGGAAGAUUGAAGCUCUGGAGCACAUGCAGAGUCUGCAGAAGCUGAACCUGUCUGCUAAUCAGAUCGAGCACAUCCCGGCCUGGAUGGGGAAGAAGCUGAAGGCUCUGAGGGUCCUGAGUCUGAAGCAGAAUGUCAUCUCCUCAUUGCAGGACGUUUCCCGCUUGAAGCCGUUGAAAGACCUGAUGUCGCUGUAUUUGGCUGACAAUCCGGUGGCCGCGCUCCCCCAUUACCGGCCCUACCUCGUCUUCCACUUGCGUUCCUUGCACACUUUGGAUGGAGAGACCAUCACGGACCAGGAGCGGCAGGAGGCGCACCACCGCUUCCAUCAGGAGGAGGUGGAGAAGCUGGAGAAGGACCUGGAGAAGAAGAUGGAGGAGAUUGAGGACCUGCAGAGCCAGAAGACCAAGGUCCUCAGCGAGCUCCACAACCAGAACUGUCUGAACAUGUCUCUGCGGGAGGAGCUGCAACAGCAGAAGAAGAGCUGCAAGGAGCUGGGGUGUGAGAUGGGCACCAAGAACGAGCUGCUGAAGCAGAAGACGCUGGAGCUGACCCGCGCCUGUCAGAAGCAGUACGAGCUGGAGCAGGAGCUCGCCUUCUACAAGAUCGACGCCAAGUUCGAGCCCCUGGGAUAUCUGACCUCCGAGAAUAGGGACGCCGAGGAUGCUCCUGGGGAGAGCCCGUACAUUGGAACCAAGUACAAGAGGAACCUGUAUGCUCGAGAGGACUACAUCCCCAGUCAUGCCCAGCACAUACAGGUCGAGAUCGAGCCGGAUACCGAUGACCAGAUCAGAAAUCAGCAGAUCCGGGCAAGGACCACCAGCCUCGACGUGGACCUGAACGAAAAGGAGAAGAGAAUACGAUCCGGUAAGACCACACACAGAAUCGUCCACGCCGAGGAGCAGAUGUUACAAGCUUCCGAGGAGCUGAAGGAGCUGGAAAGACGCCGUCACCCCCAGAAGAAGGUUUCAGAGGCGGAGAAGGAAGAGCUGCGGCAGCAGCUGAGCCGCAGGAUCCAUCUCCUAAACCAGCUGCGGGAGGAGGCACAGGAGCUGGAGGCACAGAUGGAGCGCCAGCGCAGAGACAUGGACAGGACGCCGGAGAUUGACGAUCUGCAGAGCCACCUCCGCAAUCUCAGUCCUCAGGAUCCCAGACAUUCACACGUGACAGCGCAGAAGGUCAGCAAGGAGCGGCAGCUGGAGAUGAUGGACGGGCAGUACCGGCAGCUGGAGGGGCGGCUGGACGCCAUGUUGUCUCGCAUCGCCCAAGAGACCGAGGAGAUCAAGGACCUGGAGCAGCAGCUCACCGAAGGUCAGAUUGCUGCUAACGAGGCCCUGAAGAGGGAUCUGGAGGGCAUCAUUUCGGGGCUGCAGGAGUACCUGGAGAGCGUGAAGGGCCAGGCGCGGCGGGCUCAUGACCAGUGCCGGGAGCUGCAGGCGGAGCGGGAGCUGCUGCUUCAGCGGCUGGAGGAGAUGGAGGAGGAGCGGGAGCGGCUGGAGGCUGUGGCGCAGGAGGCUGACCUCAUGAGGAAGGAAAUUGAAGAAUUGGAGCGCGGUCUGCAGGAGCAGCAGGAAGUGAACGAGGCGCUGCAGCAGGCGCAGGGAGACCUCCGCACCCAUGAGGCUCAGAUGGAGGCCGGCGAGGCUAUGAUCUCCCAGCUGAGGCAGGAGCUGGAGCAGCGGAAACAGCAGCAGCAAGCCGAGAGUUCUGCAUGGAAAGCCGAGCUGGAGCGAGAGCGCCGGGCCCUGGAGAACGCGCUGACCAAAGCCCAUGUCCUACAGGAGCAGGACAAGGACCACAAAAAGCUUCUGGCCCAAGUCAGGCAGCUGCAGAAAGACAACGAGUCCUUGAAGGCGCAGCUCAGUCAUGCUGUCGACAACUUGGUGCCUCCAGAGCAGAUCUCCGCCCGGGUGUCAGAGCUGAAGAGGAAACUGCACACAGGAGUGGGGGAAAUCCGGUGCUUGGGUCCCUCUGAUGUUCUGGGCCAGAACCUCGCAGAGCUGCAGCAGCAGAUCAAUCAGAUCCUGGCCAAGUCAGAAGACGAGAAGAGCGAGGCGCAGGAGAGGCUGAGGCAGCUGCAGGAGGAGGUGACUGCACUGCAGGAGCGCGCUCUCCAGGCUCCUGGCGAGUAUAAGAGGGCGUGCAAUAAGGCGGCUGAGGCACGGAUCCAACAAGAGAAGCGACAGAACGAGGCCAAAGUGCGUGAGCUGGAGCGGGAGGUGCGGCAGCUGAAGGAGAAGCUGAAGACCAUGGAGGAGAUCCAAGGCCUGGCUGACCAGCAGCUGCUGGAGGCUGAGGAGGAGCGGGAGAGGCUGCUGGCAGAGCUGAAUGACCUGGAGGCCGAGAAGAAGAUGGAGGACUCCCAGGCGCAGGACGAGCUGUCUGGACUGGACCAUGAGCUGAAGCAUCUGAAGAGGGCUGUGGCCAUGUCCGACAAGAUGGCCGCCUCAGAACUGACCAGCACCAAAGACCAGUUGCGAUCCCUGCAAGGCACCGUUCUCCAGAUCAACCGAGAGCGGGCCAAGGAGAUGCAGGAGGCUGAGGACUACUACUCCCAGGCUGCCCGGGCGGCUCGAGGCCUUGCUAAAGCUGAGGCAGAGAUAGAUCUUCUCCAGGAACUGCUCCAUGACCGGGAGAGACAGUUGCAGGAGGAGCUACAGAUCGCCGACCCCGGGCCCUCCGCAAUCGCCUCCCAGCAGCUGGAGAUCGACCGACUGAAUAAUGUUCUGCGACAACAACGGGCGGAGAUGGAACGACUGCGACACCUGCUGGAGCACGCCCGAGCCGAUAACGCUGAGGAGAUGGAGAAUCUGCUGAUGGAAGUUCAGGAGCUCAGACGAGCGCUUGGUCAUCACAGCGACCACCUCAGCAGCGCGGCCGCGCCGUAUCGGAGGAAAGGCUACUGGUACUACCUGCCGGCCUCCUCCACAAACUCCGCCCGCGAUUCUCUCAGCACAAAAGACUCCGGGGUCGGCUUACAUUGUCCGAUGACCUCCUCACCGGAUAAGCGGCACAGCUGUCACCACAUGAAGUCAGCGGCCGGGCACUGGGUAUUUUCACCACUGCGUCCUGCCGGCGCCCGUUGUCACAGGGAUGACGAGGAUGACGCCAAUGUGCCGCCCUCUUGCCGCUUUCUACCCCCUCCAGGCUCUGUUAUUUACACGGUAUUCCCAGACGGUACCCCCGUCCCACAAGGCACUGUUGUCUAUGGCCCACCACCAUCCUCCGAGGGCAGACCACUGGCUCCAGGGACGGUCAUUUACGGACCCCCACCUAUUGGCUCCCAGAUCGUGUUUGGACCUCCCCCACCACAGUUCACCAUUCCCAUUGUCCCAGUGGGCGUCCUCCACUGCAACGUGUCUUCCCACCACGAUCUGGAGAAUGAACUCCACCGCCUUGAGGAGGUCAUCGAUCACCUGAAGUCUCAGCGGCAGAAGGAGAAGCGGCAGAAGGCGGCACUGAGGGAGGACAUAACCGCCCUGGAGAGCCAGAGAGAAGCGCUCAACCGGGAGGUCAAGGAGUCACGAGACACGGCCAAAAAACGCAAGCAGAAGAGCUUUGUGGACGGUCAUGUGGAGAGUCUGAUCACAGAGCUGGAACUGGAGCGGUCCCUGCAGCGUCACCAUAACAUAGAGGACGAGAUCGACUGCCUGGAGAAAACCCUCGUGAAGCGGCGAGCGGAGCUGCGAGAGGCCGACCGCCUGCUGGUCGGGGCCGAGAGCCAACUGAAGGAUGCGCAGGAGAAGACUAUGGACUUAGUUGAAAAAUACAAUGCAGCAAAGCAACAGCUGUGUCGGGCGGAGAGCGAUGCGGAGGAGCUGGAGAGGAGGGCGCAGGAGACGGCAGAGAACCUGGUGAAAGCAGAUCAGCAGCUGCGGGUGCUGCAGGCUGACGCCCGGGACCUGGAGCAGUACAGAGCAGCGCAGGAGAACACCCUGCAGGGGGUCAACGGCAUCAUGGCCGCCAAAGACGCAGAGUUCCAGGCCCUGAACCGCAAGAUGGAAGUCAUGGCAGAAAGUCUUCAAAAACUGCAGGAAGAAAUCCAAGCGGCCGAGGGGAAGGAGGAAGGACAUCUCCAGACUCUGAAGGAGGUGGAGGACCUAGUGCUGGAGAAGAGAAGCUUGCUGGAACGACUGCUCUGCCAGAUAUCCGCACAGCAGGAGGAGGCGGCUGAGCUGGACCGGAUCCUGGGCCAAAGGAAGCAGGAGCUUCAGCUCCUCCAGAGACACAUUGAGCAGAAGAAAGUUGACCUGAAGGACGUCCUGCGGGAGGGCGAGCUGGAGGUGGCGGAGAAGAGGCAGGAGAUAAAAGAGGUGAAAUCCAUCCUGGAAGAUUUAAGUGUCCAGAAAGGAGAAGCGAGUGCGCAGCUGAACGAGAAGAGGACACAGCUCUCCGCCAGCAGACAGGAAGUCCUGGAGGAAGAGGAGAAACUGCAGAAAACCAUCUCUGAGGUCCACACACAGAAGUCCGAGCUAAAGCACAUUCUGGAGAUGCAGCAACUGGAGGACAGCGAGCUUCAGGGCCUGAGACUGCAGCACGAGCAGAAGAUCAGUGACCUGGAGAGGACGCAGGCGCUGCUGCUGCAGGGAAAGCUGGAGCUGGAGAACCUGCAGAGGACGUUGCCGCGGGCCCAUGGAGAAGUGGAGUGGCAGCGGCAGCUACUGGAGAAAGACCACCAAGAGAUUGAGCUCCUGAUGACGCAGAUGCACGCCCUGCAGGAGAAGGUGGAGGCCCUGAGCAAGCAGAAGGAGAAUCUGCAGGAAAACAACAAGGAGCUGGAGUGCCAACUCGACCAGAGCAAAAAAGCGUUGUCAGACAUGGAGGAAUGUAACAGGACAGCGGGGAGCGCUCUGGAGAGACUGGAGGCUGAUGUAAGGAGCUUAGAGAACGAGCUGAGUGACCUGAAGAAGCAGAAGCAGGCGGCGAGGCAGGAAACCGAGGCCGCUCAGCAGACCCUGCGAGAUAAAACCGAUGAGAUGAACGGCCUGAUAAAAGAACUCGCUGCUCUGAAGGACCAACUGCGGCUGCUGGAGCAGGAUCUGCGGAGCACCACCAAGCAGCGGGACGACAUGUUGCAGCAGAAGACGUCUCUGCAGGAGGAGAUGAGAGACGCUGCAGGGAGACACCGGCUGCUGCAGGAGAAGGAGCGGAGGACGGAGGAGCGCCUGAGGCAGCUGCAGAGAACUGUGGAGGAGAAGGAGGGUGAAGUCGCCCUGCAGGACGCGCAAUGGAAGCAAAUCCUGAAAGAAAUCAAAGAGCAGGAAGAGCAGCUCCGAGGGGCAGCCGCAAAACUGGAGCUUGACAGGCAGAACUAUGAGAGGGAGCGGUCUGACAGGCAGAACAACCUGGAUAUGAUCACCCAAAGAGUCAGUGCCCAGGAGGGGCGUGCCCUGAAGCUGCAGCAGGAGGAGCGGUGGGGCGCUGCGCUGGAGGAGUCGCUGGACGCUGCAAGACGUCUCCUGUCUGACCGAGAGAAGCAGCUACAGGACAAAUCCAGCGAGGUGGCUGCUCUGGAGAAGGCGCUGGAGACGUAUAGAUGUGAUCUGAGACGCUUACAAGACGAGGCGACCUCAGCGAGCAAGAGAGAGGAGAAGAGAAUGGUCACACUGAAGGAAGCCAUCAGCAAGCAGCGGCUGCAGUAUGAGGAAGCGGCUGAGGAACUAAAAAGGGAAAUCAGCAACUUAAAGAAACAGCAGACGACAGUGGAACAAGCCGCGUACGAGAACCAGGAGCGAGCCAGGCGGCUCCUGAAGGAGCUGAGACAGCUGCAGGCGGAGCACGGUGCGCUGCAGGAACAGCUGAAGAGUCAGGAAGAACUGGAUCGGCGGCAACAGGAGGUCAACGAGGCCGUGAAGGAGUUAAAAGCCCAAGUGAAGCUGGAGAUCCAGAGCAGCUUACAGGAGCUUCAGAGCAGCGCAGCGGACGAGCUGCUGGAGGACGUGGACCUCGAGCAGAACCACAGCCUCCAGGCUCAGCUCGACCAUCUGAAGGACGACUACCCUUUCUCAGCAAACCCCUCCCCCCAGGAGAACAGGGGCCCCCCUAGGAGUCAGCUACUGGAUGAACAAUGGCGCGGAGAGGCCUUACGAGAAAAGCUGCGGCAGCAGGAGGAUCGACUGAAGGCGCAGCUCCACCAGCGCAUGUCCAAACAAGCGGAUGUGCUGAGUCAGGGGCGUCAGCAGACGGAGGGCUCCCUGCACAGUCUCAGGCGGCAGCUCGAUGCACUCGAUGACCUGGUCUCAAAUGUUUCCGCCGAUUCCCACAAUUCCUCUGGGCUGAAGAACUCACCGACCCGAGGGGUGUACAGCCUCCUACUAAACCAGGGUUUGAAACAAAGAUCCAGCACCGCACCUGAUCCAACGGAAUUAUCAGCCUGGCACCCAGCCAUCCGGAGCAGCACCCAGCCCUGAGCAGGGGCGGAGGUGGCGGUGUGACCAUGCAGCUCUGGAUCUCCGUGCCUUGGUGGAUGAUGUAUUACCACGUGUGACGCUCAGGAAGGAUCUAUGGGUGCAGUACUCCCGCUAUGUCAGGGAUCGCACUGAUUUGUACAGAUUUAUUUAUUUUUGUGUUCAUUUUUUUUUAAAGAAUUUCUUUGAAUAAAUGACCCUUUUAUAGA